AUGGCAAUUUCACAAGACUCAAAAAAUCCACCAGCUCUUCCUCCACGUAAAUCUGAAUUUUCGGGAGGAAAACCACAAACACCACCUGCCUGGCUUGUUUCUCUAACACGUCAUAACCAAGGAGAAUAUAACCACCCUCAUGAAUUUCUUUUAUCAAAACGCUUUAACAGAGAAGAUAUGACUGUUUUUAUAUGUAAAAAGUGUCAUAAAUGGUUUAGACUCAAGGCUGAUUUACCUGAAAGUCUUGAUUUGAAUAAUCGAUUGAAUCCAGAGCCAGGCUCUUGUAUUAAAAAUCAUGAAAACAAGUUACAUCAUCUUCAUACAACCAUGUCAGAUGAUUCUCGUACUUUAAAUGCACAUUGUUGUUUAUGUAGUUUUGUUAUAAAAGUUGAUAUUGAUGAACCAUUGAUCGAUAUCCAGAUUUUUGAUGCAUUACAAAAAUCAAGGCAGCACUAUUCGACAAAGACCACUGAAAAUGAAUCACAACCAGAUUUUAAUCGUACCAUUGUAUCCCUUGGACAACUUCUUGACAACGCGAUAAAUGAGAAUAUGACACCAUUGCCAAUGGGAGGAAUACACGGGGAUUUUUAUAAAACAAACAUUGGCUGGGAUAGUGCGAGCCAGGCUUUAUUAGAAAAAAUCGGGUACAAAAAAAACAAUAAUCAAUUCGAAUACGCCAUUUUUAAAGGUCGCAAACGAAUUAUUUCACAGGCAAAAGAAGAAUUAGAUAUGCAACACAUGGAAUUUACUAAUUUUCAAAAAAAUGAUUAUUUAAAUCCUUACGAUACGUUGGCAAAUAUUCUUGGAACAAAAUAUCAACGGCAUAAUGACCCAUCUCAGUCUACUUUCAAUCCCGUAUCUAUAACAUGUUCAACACAAGCUAGUGGCUAUUCAAUCCUUGGUUGUGUUUCAGAUAUGGAAGACGAUAUUUUGAAAUGGGCUUAUCAUAUAGGAAUUUAUGAUUUUCCAGAAAAAACUCCUCAAUAUUUACAAGCUAUACAUGAAUUAUCUUUGGAAAGAAAGAGCGAUUCUUUGUCUACGCUAGUAGGUGUUGAAAAAUCACGAGAUAAAUUUACUGUUGAUGAUGUGAAAGAAGCGUAUCUUCAUUUGCAAAAGGCAGAUCAUUCUGUAUCAGACGAUAUACUGAUUGACGUUUAUAAGUCAUUGAUGAGUGAUCGCCCUACUAUGAGUACAAGACAUCGUGAAGCAUUAUCUUUUAUUGGCAAAUUCAGAAAUAGCUCAAAAAUAUUAAAUUUUUUGAAGGAUGGAGCUAUUUCUUAUGGUGAUAUGAACGUGGAUAAUUAUUCUUCUGAUUUGCCAGUGGGUUUGGAUAACAUUGGAAAUACUUGUUAUUUAAAUUCUUUGUUACAGUAUUAUUUUACAAUCAGAGAUUUACGUGAAACUGUUAUAUCCUUUGAUUCAUCUGAUAUAAACGGAUUUGACUAUAAUCACAAACAAAUAAUAAUUGGUGGUAGAGAAGUUUCAAAUUCAGAAAUUACCAGAGCAAAAAAAUUUGUGAAUCUUUUACGUAAUUUAUUUAUCAACCUAGUUCAUACACAAAAUAAAUCUAUUUCACCUGAAUUUGAUCUUGCGUUUAUGGCACUAGUUAGCGCUAAAAACGAUGAAGAUGAACCAAAGGAUCCAUCACCAUCAUUACCAUCUAAACCUAAUAUUGAUGAAUUAUCAAGUCCUCCUGACUCCAGAAUGAAUAUUGAUUAUUCAAAUGAAGUUCAAUCUUCAGAUAAAGUUGUCACUAGAGCCAUACCAGAUUUAUCAGAAUUUGGUGCAAACUCUCAAGGAACAAUGGAAGAAACUGUCACGCUAGCCAAUGAUAAUAAUGACCAAACUGGUCAAUUCUUUACCGAUGCUGAGAAUGAUUUAUUUAGUUCUGGUCAUGAUAAUGGUGCUUCCAAAGGAAAAGACAGAGAAAACUAUUCUAAUACGAAUUCUUUAGGCCAAGAUAUGAUUCCAGAAUUUUAUAAUUCAUCUAACGGUGACAAGGAAAAAAAUAAUUCAGGAAUGCUAUUUGGGAAACAACAAGAUGUUACAGAAUGUAUGGACAAUGUAAUGUUUCAACUUGAAGCUGCGAUUAAAAGCACCCAAAAUGAUAAUAUGGAAAAUAUUGUAAAAAGUUUAUUUUAUGGUGAAACUCGACAAGUUCUUCAUUAUACAGAUCAAAAUACUGCUGAAGGUCGUGAUUUAUAUGAUGGUCUUGAUGUUUAUUUUGAUACAUCAACGGUUGAUUUUGAAGGCACACAAGCCGAAAGAGAAGUAACUCUAACAAGCAUACCACCUAUACUUCAAAUACAUGUACAAAGAGUGCAAUUCGAUAGAUCAACUUCCAAUGUUUAUAAAUCCAAUGCAUUUCUUCGUUUCGACAAAGUAAUUUAUCUUGAUCGGUAUUUAGAUAAGAAUGGUGACCUGCUGAGACAAAGACGUUUACAAGCAAAUUCUUGGAAAAUGGAAAUAGAUCGAUUACAAACAACACUCAAAGAAAAUUAUCAAGAUAAGACUACUAUGUUAAAUCCGUCAAGUCUACUUAGAACAACAGCUGAUUUUAUAAAAAAUAUGAAAUCUGAUUAUUCUGAAUUUUUAUUUGAUGAAAACGCAGAUUGGCAACUAUCAGAAAUGGAACAAGAGAGCAUAAGAGUUACCAAUCGAAUUUCUGAUGCUGAAGAUAGUAUAACAACUUUAAGGCAUAAAUUAAAACAACAUUAUCAUGACCUAAAAGAGUGUGAAUACCAUUUACAUGCAGUAUUCAUACAUAGUGGUCAGGCUACAUUUGGUCAUUAUUGGAUAUAUAUUUAUGAUAUUGAGAAAGAUCGAUGGUUAAAAUAUAACGAUUCUUAUGUAACAGAGGUUGAAGAAAGAGAAGUUCUUGCUGACACGACAGGAUCUUCAGCAAAUCCUUAUUAUGCAAAAAACCUAGUUGAAACUGUGUGUCGAAGAACCGACUGA